GCAUAGAAGGACCUUUGCGUACUGCCCUUCUUUCCUGCACUCCCUCUCGUGGCCUUCUGCUGAUGCUGCUCCAUCAUCUCCUCCUACCGCUGCUACCAACACUCCUUGCUCCUCCUCUUUCAAUUUCUAGUAAUCUUCGAUGGCCACAAGUUCAAACCAAGAGGCCAUGCAAGUUGACGCCACCAGCCCCACAAUCUUAGUAGAGAAGAACCCACCACAGUCGCGCUUUCUAAAGUUGGGCAUCAACUCAUGGCCCAAGUGGGGUUGCCCUCCAGGAAAGUUCCAUCUCAAGUUUGAUGCAGAAGAGAUUUGCUAUCUCCUAAAAGGCAAGGUUAAAGCUUACAUUAAGGGAUCUUCCGAAUGUGUCGAUUUUACUGCUGGAGAUCUUGUAGUCAUACCCAGGGGAGUCACUUGCACGUGGCAUGUAUUGGUACCAGUUGAUAAGCACUACAAAUUCGAAUCCACCUCCUAGGAAAGUGGUCUUCUUCUUCUGUUUGAUGUGGGCUCCCUAAAUCUAAUCUUGUAGCUGUAGUUACUAUUAGCUUGUUGUUUUGGCAGUGGGGUACCAAUCCAAAAAUACAAGAGCCUUCAGUGGAUAUAUUUCAUC